AAGAUGAGCAAAGAAUAGGCAAAAAAAGACACACAUACACACCCACACAAAAAGAUACGAUUCCACAUAUAAAUAGUCUGAAUAACACAUUAUAAGUACCCAUCAAAACAUAGUAAAAACCUCCUAAAGAAAACAAAACAAUGCCCUCUGAAAACCUCCUAGAUCACAGGGACCUCCAAGAACCAUUGAUUCUCCCUACUAAUGAAAAAUCAAACGGUCCAGAAAAGCUCACCAUAGAUGACAUGCUACAAAAAUAUUGUGGUGAGUUUGGAAAGUGGCAACUAAGACACUUUAUAUUAACAAGCUUAGCUUGGGCCUUAGAGGCCUUUCAUACUAUGGUUAUGAUCUUCGCCGACCGCCAGCCGCGGCGGUUGUGUACUGGCCCGGGCUGCCAGACCCAUCCCGAGGUUUGCGGGCUGUCGCCGGGCUCGUGGGAAUGGGUCGGCGGGCCCGGGAGCUCCACCGUUGCUGAGUGGGGAUUAGUGUGUGCUAACAAGUACAAGGUUGGGUUGGUGCAAGCUUUGUUCUUUUUUGGCUGCAUGAUAGGUGCAGGAAUAUUUGGUCAUUUAUCAGAUUCAUCUCUAGGAAGAAAAGGCUCAUUGACCAUAAUAUGCCUAUCAAAUGGGAUUCUUGGUUGUCUGACUGCUCUGGCUCCAAACUACUCAAUCUACACCCUCCUACGCUUCCUUAGUGGCCUUAGUAGUGGUGGGGUGGGCGUGUGUGCCUUUGUCCUUGCCACUGAACCUAUUGGACCGUCUAAACGUGGCGUUGCCGGUAUGUCCACCUUCUACUUCUUCUCUACUGGCAUUGCUCUCCUCUCUGGAAUUGCCUACAUUUUCCAAUCUUGGCGAUCCCUCUAUGUUGCAUCAUCGAUACCUUCGAUUAUCUUCAUCACAGUCGUUAUUCCUUUCAUCUCCGAAUCUCCUAGGUGGUACCUUGUACGAGGGAAGGCCAAGGAAGCAAUGGAAGUCAUGAAGCAUAUGGCACAAGUUAAUGGCCGGACAAUCCCACAGGAUGUGGAGCUUGUUGUAGAUGACAAUAUUGCAAACAAGAGCAAAGAAACAGAAGGUAUACAAGGCUCUUUGAUAGAUGUUUUAAAGUCACCCAUCACAAGAGUACGCCUUUUUUUGGCUAUUCUAAUCAACUUCUGUUGCGCGAUUGUAUACUAUGGACUUAGUCUAAAUGUUGUCAAUCUAGAGACCAACCUCUACCUCAACGUACUCCUCAAUGCAGUUGCUGAAAUGCCAGCCUUCACAUUAACCGCGAUAAUGUUGGAUAAGUUUGGAAGGAAGCCACUUACAAUAGGAACAAUGUGGUUUAGUGGGGUGUUCUGUUUGCUAGGAAGCAUGAUGAAGAGCUAUGGAAUAUGGAAGAUUUUACGGAUGAUUUGUGGGAUCUUAGGGAUCUUUGGUAUGGCCGGAACUUAUAAUUUAUUGUUCAUCUAUACUGUAGAGUUGUUUCCUACGGUUGUGAGAAAUGCAGCCUUAGGAUGUGUUACACAAGCGUCGCAAAUGGGUGCAAUACUAGCCCCAUUUGUGGUGGUAAUGGGGACUAGAUUUCCUUUUGUUGUGUUUACCGUCUGUGGAAUUGUUGGUGGUUUGUUUGGGUUCUAUCUGCCUGAAACGUUGAAUCGACCGUUAUAUGAUACCAUGGUUGGCAUGGAGGAGGGUGAAGCUAUUUGGAACAAUGCAUAGAUUUUAUUUAUCCUCGUCCCUCUAUUUCUUUCCAGGUGGGUGGUAUGAGAGAUCUUUUGGUGAUGUAAGGUAUGUGAAAUCAUGUUUUGUAUAUCUACAUUCUACAAGCUAAAUCAUAGUGAAGAAACGAUGCAAAUUUCUAAAUUUACUACUCGCUCACAUCAAUAGUUGCAUAGAUUUUAUGGUC